CGAACAGUGAGAAUCUUGAUCAAGAUCCCUUAUCAGCCUUAUCUUAUCUGGAAGCUCGCACGCUCUCUUCCAUUGCCAUGCAAGCCUGGGCAGUCGUAUACGAUCCUUCUCUUUUUACUGAGGAUGUGGAUAUACCAGAAAGGUCUUCAACUAGUUGAUCAAGAAAGCGCCAUUAGAAUCAAGAAAUUCUAUCGAAGGGAGGAUGCUUGUCGUGGUCUUAUUUCACGUCUUUUGCCUAGAGUGCUCCUGAAAGAGAAAGGAAUUGCAUCCAACAAAAUGUCAUUCGGCACUACCUCAGUUGGAAAGCCCUACAUCACAACGCCUGGAAUAGACCCACCACUGGCAUACAAUAUCUCUCACGACAACAAUCUCGUGGUCAUGGCCUUCGCUCCUGGAAAGACGAAUCCACCCUCCUUCAGUCUCGGGGUUGACGUGAUGAAAGUCCAGAUGUCUUCCCGUCAGGACACGUACACCUCGUUCAUAAAUAUCUUUCAGGACCAGCUGACUCCGCUGGAAAGAAUCUCUCUACUUAGCCCGACCGUUUCCAAAGAGGACGGUCUGAAAAGAUUUUUCUGGAUAUGGACGCUGAAGGAGGCUUAUACCAAGGCCCUCGGACUCGGGCUUGGCUUUGACUUCAGCCGCGUGGAAUUUGACAUUGCGGCGGAUAGUGUCAGAGUUGACGGGGAAGUGCCUUUGGGAUGGAGAUUUACCAAGUUCGAGAUGAGAGUAAUCGAUGGGCUGAAUGUUGGUGUUGUGGCAGAGCAUAUCGGGGAUAUAGCGACUGUGGUGGUCUCUGAGAACGAACCGAAGGAAUGGCUUCAAUCUAUGACUGCUGUCAUGUUCUUGGAGCGGGCAAUACAAGAAUUAAGCUAGGUCAUACAAUCAUGGAAAACACGGUCCGUUGGCAAUCAGUGGUCUAAUACAGCAUCCUCUAUAGCCGCCACCGUGCCACCCAAUAGCCAAUCCCCGUAAUAG